CGACCGUUCUAGUUACCAUUGCAUUUAUCAGUACGCUCGAUUCGGCUGCUGCAACUUAAGAAAAAAAAAACACGUGUUAACAUAGAUAUUAGAAUGAAUCCAGAGGAAUUCCACUCUUUUUCAACAUACAGAAAACCCCACGUCACAGGAGCCGUCAACGAAGUGGUGACACGAAUGCCAAUAAACAGUACAGACUGUUUACUAGAUGUAGGAUGUGGGUCAGGUGACUUUAUCAAGGCCUUGGUAGACGAAAAACAGUUGAGGCAAGUAAUUGCACUGGACAUUAACCAGGGAAUGAUUGACACUGCUAAAAAGAUGAACAGCGACCCGAAGAUUCAAUAUAUUGUAGCUGAUGCUGGAAAUGCAGACGGUUUUAAAGAAAGCUGGAAUAAUAACUUUCAUAAAGUGGUAUGUUACUAUGUUCUGCCGUACAUCAAGAAUUGGAAAUCAGUUACACUGAGAGGGAUUUGUGACUGCUUGAAACCAGGUGGACGUGCUUUUAUCAAUGUUGUACUCAAGUCAUCACAUGGGAUUCAAGCGAUAAUUAGUGGUAUGGAUAUUCCAAAAUGGAAACACUACUUUCAUGUAAGUUAA